AAGAAGUGCGCGAAAAUACGAAACGAUCAAAACAAAAAUAAAAAAAUUUAAACAAAGUUGAAUUCAAAAUGCACCAAUUUAUUUGUAGUUAAAUUUGUUCCCAUUAAAAAGUUUUUUGUAUUUGUUUAUUUUUUCAAAUCAAAUCAAUGUUAAAAAAGCAUGUCUAAACACGCUAAUAUCCAACAAUCUAAUCCGCCUGGUGCUGGUGUUAGCAACUGGAAUAACGACAUGAACGACGAUGAUGACAACGAAGAUUUACUUCUCCUAAAUGAUUCUUUAAAUCUCAACACAUCUUCCUUAAGGUCAGAUGAAAAAUACACAGGUUUUGAUAAUAAUUCCGCAGACACCUGGAUAUUCCCUUCAAAUUUUCCCGAACGUGCUUAUCAAUUUAAUAUUAUACAAAAAGCUUUGUUCCAUAAUACACUUGUUGUACUGCCAACAGGUUUGGGCAAAACAUUCAUUGCAGCCGUUGUAAUGUACAAUAUUUACCGAUGGUAUCCUAUGGGUAAAGUUAUAUUCAUGGCACCCACACGCCCUUUAGUUGCACAGCAAAUCGAUGCUUGUUGCAAGAUCAUGGGAAUCCCAAAACAAGAUUCUGUCGAAAUAACCGGCAAGCUUAGCAAAGCAAAUCGAGCUCAGUUGUGGCAAUCGAAGCGUGUCUUCUUUGCUACUCCUCAGUCAGUUCAGUCUGACAUUUUCGAUGCUGAACUUAAUUUUCCCUUUCAAGCUGUGAAACUCAUCGUUGUCGAUGAGGCUCAUAGAGCGAAGGGAAAGUAUGCUUACACAGAAGUCAUUCGAUAUAUUUGGAGUAAAAAUAAGUACUUCCGUAUACUUGCCCUCUCUGCAACUCCUGGGCGGAGGAAAGAGGAUGUCGAAGAAGUUAUUCGUAAUCUUUUUAUUUCGAAUCUGGAAGUUAGGACAGAAGAUUCUGUCGAUGUUGUUUCGUACGUUCAUAAGAGACAACUGAAAGUUGUUGUUGUUGAUCUUGGAACGAAGCUUAGUCAAAUUCGUGAUGAACUGCUGGAAAUUGCAGAUCCUCAUAUAAGAAAUUUGAUAGAAAAUCGAUUGAUUUCUGGAAGACCUGGUAGUAUCAGUCGCAAUUGGUUGGUGAUGGAACACAAAAGGUUCCGGGAAAUGACCUUGAACAAUGGGGUUCCAUAUCAAAAAGAAUUAAACUCGGAUUUUAGUAUUUGCAUCAGUGUUUACCAUGCAAUAGAAUUGCUGGAACGUCAUGGUUUGAGGGUGUUUUUGAAUAAUUUCGAUGAAACACAAGAAAAUGGGCCAAAAUUUGUGGUUAUCCUGCGACCUGAUUUGCGUCGUCUUAUACAAAGAGUUCGCGAGGAGGCGGGACCUAAUCCAUUUGCAUUUAGCGAUCAAUGCAUGUUGGAUGGGGAGAUAGCUACCAUACCACCGAAUAUAGACUUUGGACAUCCGAAAUUUGAAAUAGCAAGGGAACAUGUGGUGGCACAUUUUGAGAGUAAUAAAGAUGCUCGAGUUAUAAUAUUCUGUGAGUAUCGAGAAUCAGUUAUGCUGAUGCAUCGUUUACUUCUUCAGCAUAGGCCAGUUAUACGACCGAGAUUAUUUGUGGGUCAAGGUGGCUCCGGUUCGAUUCGUGCAGUAACUCAACAACAACAAAUCAGUGUAAUGAAUGAUUUCAAAAGCGGUAAAAGUAAUGCUCUUAUAGCAACAUCAGUUGCCGAAGAAGGUAUUGAUGUAGGUGAAGUUGAUUUGAUUGUUUGUUUCGAUAUAAACACUUCGAAUCCGACACGAUUUAUCCAAAGAAUUGGACGAACUGGUCGUAAAAAAGAAGGUAAAGUCCUACUGCUAGCAACCGAGGGAAAAGAACAUUCAAUGCUUAAAGAUGUACUUUCCGAACGUAAUAGAUUAAAUAAGAGCAUCUCAAAAGGUGGACAAUUUAAUUCGGCAUUUUAUAAUCAAGCACCACGAAUGGUUCCAACUGAAUUCAAUCCAAAAUGUUUAAAAGUAUUUAUUCAACCGCCAGAAGUGGAAGAACAAAAAUCAAAAGAUAAACCUGCAAAGACUACAAAAGGCAGUAAAUUUGCACAAAUAUGUCAGAAAAAAGACUUGAGACAUUUUUUUAAACAAAAAGCUGCAUUAGACGAUGAAGAUAAGUGUGUUUUUGCAGAUACUCAAGAACCGAAUAGAUUCUCACAAAAGACAAGUAUCAAAUCGGCUUCUAAGAGUAAACCAUCCCCUAAAGCAACUGUAUCAACUACGACAAAUGUUUCAUUACCAAAUGAAUCUGAUUCUAGAAUUCCAGAAUCACCUCCAUCUUCUCCUCCUAAAUCUAUCCCCAUUACUAGUAAAAUUAUGAAAAAAAUGGCCAAGUACGUUCGAAACACCACAAAUGGCCAACCAAUUGAAACCCUCAAAGCCAUGAACUCAAACAAACUCUCCAAAAAUAGUUUCCAAUUCUUAAUCGAAUUUAGUCCUGACAUUUUAAUAGAUAUCUGGACUCGAAUGGAAGAACUAUGGCAUAAAGGAGUUGAUGAAAAUAAUAUCCCAUCCAAAGGAAUAACUAAUGACGAUCGUCAAAUUAUUCGGGCAUAUCUCCAGAUUGUGAAUAAUAUUGGGUCUAAGGAAUCUGUUGCAGAAUUAAUUGAAAGUAAAAAUAAGUUACCCAAGUUUCAAUCUCAUUCUAAAUUGAGUGAAAAAUACAAAUCAAUUUUUACCAACUUGCAACAUGGUGGCAUUGGCGAAAACAAUUACGAGUUCCUUAUGGAAAAAUUUGAGGCAGCUUCAAAUUACUUUCCAACCGAUGAGCUCUCCAAAGAAAGCUACAUCCGAUCAAUGGUUUAUGAGGAUGAGAUUGAUGAAGUCGAUGAAAGCACAUCAGUAUUUAAUGAGAGCAGCCGUAACUACAGCACUGAUUGUAUCUUGGAUUCAAAAUACAUGAGUCAAUGGGGUGAUACAAUGAACCAGACAAGAAAUAGUUCCUAUAUUCAGAAGUCUCCAAUUAAAGUUAAUAAAUCAAAUGUUUCAAACUCUAAUGAACAAAUUCUUCCAACACCAAUUGUACCGCCACCAGCAGCAGCUUCAGCGAAUGACAGUGACGACGAUGUUGUUUUCGUUGGAACAACACAUCAAUCAACUCCCAUUCGAACAGGCACAUUUAAACAGUCGUUGCUAAAUUUCAGUGAAACUCCCAUAACCAGUUCGGCUACCAAACAUGCAUCCCAACGCAGCAAACCGUUAACAAAAAAAAGUCAAAAGAAUAUUCUAGAUUUCGUUAAGUCCAAUAAAGUUCAAAAUACUGAACUAGCGUCGCCUAAAAUGGAUACAGAGAAGUUGACAGACAAAGUAGACUUCUUAAAGGCUAAUAAAGUUCAAAACACUGAAGAUGUGUUCGACACCCCGAAGAUGUCUGGCCAAAGUACAAGUAAAUUAGACUACUUAAAGUCUAAUAGAGUUCAAAACACUGAAUGUGUGCUGCCCUUAAAGUUCCCUGUGGAAACCACAAACAAGAUUCCAGAACCAAAGGAAGACAACUCAAUGAAUUUCUUCGAUGAUCAAUUUGAUGACAUAAUCGCAGCAAAUAGUGGGAUUUUUGAACGCAUUGAAAACAGUAACCAAGUGAAUAUUAAUUCUGAAAGAACUCCCAAUACUGCCCCAAGGCCAACUUCAUUACGGGUCAGCCUUGGAGACAAAGUUGAUAAACAUGCCACAACUACCCCAGCAACAAAUAUCGACAAAUCCCCUGGACAUUCAGUGAAGAUUCCAUCAACCUUGGGGUCAGAUGAUUCUACACCCGAUGAUGUUAUUCCUUCAAUUGAUGUUCCAAGGGGAAAACUUACAAACAAACAAAGUGCAGAAGAGUCUACUCCAGCUGGUAUCUAUUCCUUCUCUAAACAUUCCAAACAAGAUCAAAAUAUUUACCCUGAAUCUCGAAAUUGUGAUGACGUACACCCCGAACUAGCAGACAUCGAUAUAAAUGACCUAUCCGAGUUUUCUAUGGAUGAUAUAAUAGAAAGUGUUAAAACUGAUCCUGUCGUGAUGUCUUCCCAACUCCCUCACAGAGCUUCUCCUGAUAUAUUUGAUGAAUUAUGUGAAUCAAUUGUUGAACCUAAAGUCAAGGAAAAGUCACCUCCGCGAAAUGUGAAAACUCCACCUGCACAAGCAUCACCGUGUCUUUUGACAAAGAAAACUCUAACAUGGGGACAGAUUCGACAAAAGUAUAUUAAACCAUCACAAUCGGAGUCGAGUACGACAGAAGCAACAACAUCACACCAACAAACUGACCAAGUUAGGAAUACUCAACAGAAACAUGAAAUAAAAGAAGUAGAUAGUCCAAAUGAAAGUGUCAUAAAAAUGCCAUCGAAAAUUGGUUUAAAAAGAAGAAUUAUUAAAAGUGAUUCUGAGAGUAGUGACGAUAAAGAUUCUUCGCCAGUACGAAAGCGACAAUCAAGAAUUCUCAGGAAUCAAGAGAUUAUUGGAAGAAGAUUAAUGAAAGAUCCACAUUUCCGACAAAGAAGAAACAAUGAGUUUAUCGAUGAUGAAGCAGUUUUAAGUGGUUCGGAGAGUGAAGAUGAGUUCGAGCAUACAAUUGGACAAUAUAUUCAGGAUUCAGUAGUUGUCGAUGACGAAGAGGCAGAGAAUGAGUCAUCAGUUCCAAUGACUCAAGUGUACUUGCAGUCUGUUAGAAGUCCUUGUGGCAACAGGAGAGGAGGUUUUAAAAUACCCGAACGACGCCACUAUAAUGAUGCCUCGAAGAUAUUUUCCCAAAGAGUACCUGAAGAAAUUGGUUCAUAUGUUACGGAUUCAUUUGUUGUUGUUAGUGACGAUGAGUCGGAUAAUGAGAAAUCUUUAUGUCCGCUGGAACGGGCUGAAGAAAUUCUUAAAAUGCAAAGACGUGCGAAACGUAAAGCGAAAGAAGACGCUAUUCAAGAGGAAUUUGUACGACCUGCGAAGAAGAAGAGAGUUUUGAGGAUACACAACAGUUCAGAAGAUGAUGAUGAUUUUGCAUAAAUUUGUUGGUGAAGACUUUUUUUUUGAGACGUGAAGUAUGUAUGUUGUGUGUCAAUUAAAUUUUUGUAAUAUUACCGAA